CAUCUGGUAACAUUGUUGCAGAUACAGACAUCUGGUAACAUUGCGUAUAUAGAAAGCUGGACCUGCCGAUAUACUGGGUGCAGUAAUUAAGCUAACGGUGACUUAAUUAUUGGGUCAAACCCAGACGCAGUGGGACUCCCGUCUCAUGAGCAGCACCGCCCUGUUACUACCACACCCGUUAAGGGGCGGCCCGUCCCCUCAGAUCCGAGGAGGACUAGUGCGUCUGUGAUAGGAAGUGUAAGUUUCAUAGCAGCAUGGCGAGCAAGCAGCCCCUGUGGGUUGUGGUAAAGGAUCCCGUUGGCAGAGCCGUGACAUCGUUCACCGUGAGCACGGACAGUACGGUGGGAGACCUUAAAGCUGCCCUGCAGGCGGCAGGCUGCACCUCGGUCACGGCCCAUGAUAUGGGACUGCAGUACAGCCGGGAUCAGUUACCGGACACCAGCACUCACCUGGAUGCAUUUCAUCUUGACACUGCUUCUGAUGCUGGUGACCGGAAAGUUAAAGUGAUCCAGAAGUACCGACACACCGCGUCCGGUGCUUUGGAGUUUUUGAUUCACGUCCGCACACAAUCCACACCUGUACUGGACCUGUAUGUAACGAGCUCAGACUCCUUGGGAUCCUUGAAGGCUCGCUUAACAGAAAUUAUUGGGGUCCCUGCCGAUCAGUUGGAGCUCUCGGGUGUUUCCGGGGCGCUGGAAGGCGAUGCCCGCUCCUUGGAAAGUCUUGGGCUCGAACCUGAUUCCACUGUUUCUUGUUUACUUAAAGCAGGACCUGAGGACUUCCAGGUGUUUGUAUACGAUCUUCAGCGACGUUGUCGGGUCAUUUACGUCCACAAUGAAGAACUGGUGGGAUCGCUGAAAAGAAAACUGUCCUAUUUGCUGGACAUCCCCCUUGAGGGCCUACGAGUCCUACACCAGGGCAAACAGUUGCUGGACGAUGAGAGAACAUUGUUGGAGUAUAGAGUUCAGGCUUGCUCUUCCUUGCAGCUGGCCUGCAAACAUGUGCAGAUCUGCAUGGACCAUAAACUACUGAAAACUGACGUGCCAUUCAAAUCAGAAGCAUUGGAUCAGAUUGCAUCAGAUGUGUCUGCUAAUACAGGAAAUGUUGCAUGUGAAAGAUGCAUCUUGGGAAAGAACAUGGCAGACUGGAUACUGAAAGACCCCAGGACAAUAUCUUCAGAUGGCAUGAGUUUUUGCAUUUCUUUUCCUGGAGAGGGUCGAUACGAGUGUUCUAUAACAGGACUGAGAUUUCAAACAACAGCAGAGACGACCAUCACAUACAGGUACUGUUCAUGGGAUCAGUACUUUCCUGACAUUACAAGGCGUGGAUGGAGCCCGGCGAGUUCUCUAUUUGAUAUCAAAGUCACAGGUGCUGAACUCACAGCAAUUCAUAUCCCUCACUUCCUCUGCAUAGAUGGACAACCCUCUGAAAAUGAAUUGUGCUUUUUCCACAUGGAAGAAGAAGGUGGCAACUACACAGUUCUGGCUCCAUCACUGGUCUUUUCUAAGUAUGCUGUAUUACUGAAACCGACCUUUACAUUGAUAGGAUUUGUUCAGUCUAUCCUAAAAAUGUUUCCAGUUCAUGGGAUUGUAGUAAUUUUUCGAACACAUGUUGCAAAACUCACUCUUCAUGUUUAUCUCAUACCAAACUCCCGUGAUAUUGAAAAGGCUGUGCACUCUCAUGAGAAGGAGAGGUUUUCAGUCGAAAUAAAUAAACCUCCACAGACGAGGCCUCUUCGAAUUGGACAAAAGUAUUCUCUUAAAACUAAAUCCAGUUCUGUCGUCAGACCAGAAGUAAGUACUGACUAUAGAAUAAUGUAUUGGAAAUGCUGUUUUCACAUGAACUGA